GGGCAGCUGUAAGAGGAGCCGGUCGGAGAGAGUUCUCCGACCCGUCCUUCCUUCCUUACAUCUUCUCCCUCCCCCGCGGCCUUGACCUUGGAGCCGCGUCCAAACCCGGGGCUGAUGAGUUGACCCUGCGGGUGGGCGUCCGAGGAGAGCCCCCUAAGCCGCGGCGGCCACCCAGUGCCGGACCCCCAGAAGCCGGAGCCCCGGGGCCUCGCGGCCGCCUCCCUCCGGCCCCGCUAUGCCGUCCGUGCAGCUGCCUCCCAAGGAGAGUAACCUCUUCAAACGGAUCCUGAAGUGUUAUGAACAGAAGCAGUACAAAAAUGGUCUCAAAUUCUGUAAGAUGAUUCUGUCAAACCCAAAGUUUGCUGAACAUGGAGAAACCUUGGCUAUGAAAGGGUUGACAUUGAACUGUUUAGGAAAGAAAGAAGAAGCAUAUGAAUUUGUUCGUAAAGGACUUCGGAAUGAUGUCAAGAGCCAUGUCUGUUGGCAUGUAUAUGGACUUUUGCAGCGUUCUGAUAAAAAAUAUGAUGAAGCUAUAAAGUGUUAUCGAAAUGCCCUCAAAUUAGAUAAAGACAAUCUACAGAUCCUGAGAGACCUCUCUUUGUUACAAAUCCAAAUGAGAGACCUUGAAGGCUAUCGUGAGACAAGGUAUCAACUUCUUCAGUUGCGCCCAACACAACGUGCUUCAUGGAUUGGAUAUGCUAUAGCAUAUCAUUUGCUGAAAGAUUAUGAUAUGGCACUAAAACUAUUGGAAGAAUUUAGAAAGACUCAGCAAAUUCCGCCUAAUAAAAUAGACUAUGAGUAUAGUGAAUUGAUACUGUACCAGAACCAAGUGAUGAGAGAAGCAGAUCUGUUUCAAGAAUCUUUAGAACAUAUAGAAACAUAUGAAAAUCAAAUCUGUGAUAAACUUGUAGUAGAAGAAAUUAAGGGAGAAAUGCUGUUGAAAUUGGGAAGACUGAAGGAAGCUGGUGAAAUAUUCAAAGACUUGAUUGAUCGGAAUGCUGAAAACUGGAAUUACUAUGAAGGCUUAGAGAAAGCUCUGCAACCUCGCACCUUAGAGGAAAGGCUUCAUAUUUAUGAAGAAAUAAGUAAGCGACACCCCAGAGCACUUUCACCCAGAAGAUUACCUUUAAACUUUGUCCCAGGUGAAAAAUUUAGAGAACUAAUGGAUAAGUUCCUGAGGGUUAACUUCAGUAAAGGCUGUCCACCCUUGUUUACCACUUUGAAAUCUUUAUAUUACAAUACAGAAAAGGUUUCUAUGAUACAGGAACUUGUUACUAGUUAUGAAGCUUCUCUAAAAACAUGUGACUUCUUUAGUCCUUAUGAAAAUGGAGAGAAGGAACCUCCAACAACACUCCUCUGGGUUCGAUAUUUCCUGGCACAGCACUUUGACAGACUUGGCCAAUGCUCAUUGGCUUUAGAUUACAUUAAUGCUGCAAUUGCAAGCACUCCAACUUUAAUAGAACUGUUCUGUAUAAAGGCAAAAAUUUAUAAACACAUAGGUAAUUUAAAGGAAGCUGCUAAAUGGAUGGAUGAAGCACAGUCUUUGGACACAGCUGAUAGAUUCAUAAACUCGAAAUGUGCUAAAUACAUGCUACAAGCAAAUAUGGUGAAAGAGGCAGAGGAUAUGUGUUCCAAGUUCACAAGGGAAGGGACAUCUGCCAUGGAAAAUCUAAAUGAAAUGCAGUGUAUGUGGUAUCAAUCAGAAUGUGCUUCAGCUUAUCAGAGACUGGAAAAAUACGGUGAAGCCUUAAAAAAGUGCCAUGAAAUAGAAAGGCAUUUUUUUGAGAUAACAGACGACCAGUUUGACUUCCAUACAUACUGCAUGAGAAAGAUGACUCUUCGUGCCUACGUUGACCUUUUGCGAUUAGAAGAUGUACUCAGGAAACAUGCUUUCUAUUUCAAGGCUGCUCGAUCUGCAGUUGAAAUAUACUUGAAAUUGCAUGAUAAUCCGUUAACCAAUGAAAGCAAAGAACAAGAAGUGAAUUCAGAAAACCUUUCAGCCAAAGAAUUAAAGAAAAUGCUCAGCAAGCAGAGAAGAGCCCAGAAAAAAGCUAAAUUGGAAGAAGAGAGGAAACAUGCUGAGAGAGAACGGCAACAAAAAAAUCAGAAGAAAAAACGAGACGAGGAAGAAGAAGAAACCAGUGGUCCCAAGGAAGAAUUAGUACCCGAAAAACUUGAAAGGGUAGAAAAUCCAUUAGAAGAAGCUAUCAAGUUCCUUCGACCACUUAAGACUCUUGCUGCUGAUAACAUAGACACUCAUCUUUUAGCAUUUGAAAUAUACUUUAGAAAAGGAAAAUUUUUGUUAAUGUUGCAGUCGGUCAAAAGAGCUUUUGCUAUUAACCGUAACAACCCUUGGCUACAUGAGUGUUUAAUUAAAUUCUCUAAAUCUGUGUCUAAUCAUAGUAAUCUCCCAGAAAUAGUGAACAAAGUCCUAACCCAAGAAAUGCAGAAAAUCUUUGUCAACAAAGAUUUGGAAAGUUUUAAUGAAGAGUUUCUCAAACAUAAUGCUACCUCUAUUCGGCAUCUACUUUCAGGUGCUAAGAUGAUGUAUUUCCUAGAUGAAUCAAGACAAGAAAAAGCAAUUGCUAUUGCCACUAGAUUGGAUGAAACUGUAAAAGAUAAAAAUGUGAAGACUUUAACAAAAGUUUUUGAAGCACUGGUUGAUGGCAGCUUUGGGGUCUGUAAUACCCAGUGUGAAAAAUACCGGACAGCAUGCCAUAAACUGUUUCCCUUUUCACCUGCCUUUCUGCCUCCUGCAAAUGAGGAUGAUAGUAGUACUGCAUCAAUAAACUAUACAACUAUUAACCAUGAUGUGAUGGCAAAUGAAAUUUGAAUAUCAUAAAAGAAUUGAUUUACAAUCUCAUGGCUGGAUUCAGAUCAGGGUUACUUUUCAAGGGUGCAUUUUAAUAUCUCAUAGACAUAAGGUGAAUUAUUUGAGUAGUAAAAUUUAAAAAUGGAGUAUACCAUUAACUUUUGUUCUUCUCCUGACUCCCAACUGUCACUGUUUAUAUAAAUCUUUUCUGUAAUCACCAUUUGUCAUAUUUAUACUUAUACUUGUCUUAUCAACAGAACUCCCAAAUUAUGAGCAUUACAGUAUAUAAGGACUGUUUUCAUCUUAGUGUUACAAAAAUAUGAUCAUUUCUUACUGGUAAACUUAGACAUUGGACAAUUUUAGCUAAUUAUGUUGGAUAUAAUACCAGUGUUUGCCCUACAUUUUAUUUCAAUUUUUUAAUUUUAAUUUGCCUUGGUGCAUUUUUUAAAAACCGUAUUACUAUGACUAUACUGGCUGUUUGCAUGAUUUUUUGAAAUAUGGAUCCCACUGUAUAGAGGUGUCUUUUCAAAAUUAUAAGUUGGAAUUGUUUCUUUAUAUUUUUCAUGUUAUACCAUUUUAAACACACAUUAUCAGUGAGAAGUAUUGCUCAAAUACCAAUGCCCUUCUUUUGUUUUCAGAAAUACUAAUUUAGCAGUUUAACCAAGAUACUGCAGUUUUGUGAUUUACUAAGGAUGUGAAGAUUAAUUCCCUCCUCAGUCAUAGAAAUUCACUGAUCGGUUUACGUAUUUUAUACAAGUCGUAGCCAAGAAAUGUAAUGCUUCUUCACUAAAUUGCUUUCAGUACUACUAAGGAAUUUAUAUUAAAAAAGUGCUUUUUGUAGUUGUUCUUCAAAGGGGACAAUAGGCUGACUUUAAAUUAUGAUGAAGCACUUUUUUACUCUGUGUGUGUGGUGCAUUAACUAGUGAAUGUAUUCAGACGUACCACAUAGCAAAAUGAAUGUUAAAACUUUGAUUGGCUUAGCUAAUAAAAUAUGAUCCUGCUCAAUAAUACAGCUUUUUUGGGGGAAGGCAGUAGCUUUUCAUUCUAUAGGAAUGACUCUCAAACCUUAAAGUGUACUGCGGCUUGUACAGAAAAAUUGAAAUCAGUCAGUGUUUUUGUUUUUAUUUCACUGCUAUGUAAAUAUUUCAGUAAUGUUAACUAGACCCUUUAAGGCAAAAACAAGGAGAGAUUUUAUUAAGACAAGUAAACUGUUCCAAUUGAAAUGGUUUAUUUUUUGCCUGGUGUAUUUAGGUUUUGAGUUUUUGGAUAAAAAACUCACUGUAAAAUCAUGCCAACCAAUGUAAUGCUGUAAUAAAUUAUUUUGUACACA